CUCACGGACCUCAGCCCUCGCCUAUACCGCAGCAAACUCGCACUCGUCCAACAAGAGCCGACACUCUUCCCUGACACCAUCAGAGAGAACAUCAAAGCAGGCAUCGAUUUCGAGGCCGACGAGGAAGCCGUGGCAGAUGACAGCGUUGUCGAAGCAGCGUGCCGUGCAGCCAAUGCCUGGGACUUUGUCAGUUCUCUCCCCCAAGGGCUCAACACGCCGUGCGGACAUGGCGGAAGCCAACUUUCCGGUGGCCAGAGACAGCGGAUCGCCAUAGCGAGGGCCCUGGUGCGCAACCCCGUUGUCAUCCUGCUAGAUGAGGCAACGAGUGCGUUAGACACGGAGUCCGAGAAGGUUGUUCAGAAGGGGUUACUGGAGGCGGCGGGCACGGGCAACCGUAUCACCAUUGCUGUGGCGCAUCGCCUGUCCACAAUUCGCGAUGCCGACAAGAUUUGUGUCUUCUAUGAUGGUCGGAUUGUUGAGACCGGGACGCAUGAUGAGCUUAUCGAGCAAGGAGGGAUGUACAAGAAGAUGUGCGAGGCGCAAAGCUUAGAU